AUGGAUCUCGUCAACCAGCUCCAACAAGCAACCCUCGACCUCCUGUCCGGCUGCGACGUCCAGUUCCGACGCGAAACACGCCUCGAUAUCGCGCUGGUCAAGAACCUGCCUAUCGCGCUCAUCUUCCUGCCAGCGGCUGACAUCCCAACCUUUGUGGGCGAAGGCCGUGUCGACAUUGGUAUUACUGGCCGCGACCAGGUCGCCGAACAUGACGCCACGCUGCCGCGCGGCGAGGUUUCUGGUGUCGAAGAGAUCCUCGACCUUGGGUUCGGCGGCUGCAAGCUGCAGGUGCAGGUUCCCGAGAAGGGCGACAUUUCUGAGUCGAAGCAGCUGAUUGGCCGCAACGUGGUGACUAGCUUCACUGCGCUGUCUGAGGCGUUCUUCGGCAAGCUUGAGGGCGUUGGUGCGGACCAGAAACCCAGCACGAAGCUCAAGUAUGUUGGUGGCAGUGUCGAGGCCGCGUGCGCUCUGGGCGUUGCGGAUGGCAUUGUGGACCUUGUCGAAUCCGGCGAGACCAUGAAGGCCGCCGGCCUGAAAGCCAUCGACACCGUCGUCGAAAGCACUGCCGUGCUGGUCAAAUCGCGCAACUCGCGCAGCGACCUCCUGAACCUGCUCACCUCGCGCAUCCGCGGUGUCAUCACCGCCCAAAGGUUCGUCCUGUGCCAAUACAACAUCCCGCGCGCCGAGCUCUCGACCGCAUCGAAGAUCACCCCGGGAAAGCGCGCGCCCACCAUCACCGCACUGGAGGAGGAGAACUGGGUGGCGGUGAGCUCGAUGGUGGAGAAGAAGCGGAUUGCCACGGUGAUGGACGAGCUGAGCAAGGUUGGCGCGACGGAUAUCUUGGUUCUGAACAUUGCCAACUCGCGAACGGACUGA